CGAAAAAACUUACUUUGAGACUCAGGCCAAAAAAGACGACAAUCUUGUAAACUUGUGGUUAGAAAUCGCAAGGUUAGGGGAUAGUCACAAAGAAAUGCUCCUCAAAGCCGAAAAGUUAGUUGUUCAAGGAAUUCCAAAUGUCUUACGAAGUUUAUUAUGGGUAAAGCUAGCAGGGAUAAGUGACUCCCAUUUACAGUCUUGGUACAGCACUACGCUUAAAAAAUCUUCGCCACACGACAGCCAAAUAAGAAGAGACGUCGCACGAACUUUCCCAAAUCAUUCAUUUUUUAGUAAAAAGGGUGAAAUAGGACAAGAAACUUUGUAUAAAGUAGUAAAGGCGUAUUCUCUGUAUGAUCCAGAAUUAGGCUAUUGCCAAGGAAUUGCUUUUGUCGUGGGAAUUCUUUUACUACAGCUUCCUGAAGAAGAUAGUUUUACUGUUUUAACAGUGUUAAUGCAGAAAGUUUAAAAUGAGGCAGCUUUACUUGAAAGAUAUGCCUUUAUUUAGCUUAACUAUGUUUCAGUUGAGCAGUUUAGUAGAAGAAAUAUAUCCUGAUCUUUAUGCUCACCUCGAGAGAGAAGGCUGUGAAAUCCAAUCCCUGGUAGCCCCGUGGAUUCUCACACUCUUUUCUAAUACUCUGCCUUUCCCUGUUAUCUUUCAUUUAAUGGAUUAUGUAUUUGUGUUCGGGCACAAGUACAACGGAA